AUGAAGGAGAGGACGAUGGGACGGAAUGAUGUUCGAGAGCGGGCGAGCGCGACGCACGUGAGUAAUCUGAGCGCGGCGGCGGCGAGAGAGCUCAAGCACUGGAGCGCGACGAGCGAGGCGGAGCGAAACGACCAAGCGGCGACGAAGGUGUUCUGUAAUCGAUCGCUGAACAUGAAGCGAAUAGACGCGAUUGGAUUCGAUAUGGAUUAUACGUUGGCGAUGUACAAGCCCGAGACGUUCGAGAUGAUGUCUUACGAGGAGACGGUGAAGAAACUCGGGAGCGAGUACGGGUAUCCGAGCGAGGUGCUUCGGGAGUUUACGUUUGAUCCGCACUACAUGGUCCGGGGAUUGGUCGUCGACAAGAAGCGAGGUAAUAUCUUAAAGAUGGAUCGACACAAUUACGUCAAGGUGGCGUAUCACGGAUUCUCCGCGCUGGCGACGGAUGAGCGGUUGGCGACGUAUUGCGAGACGAGCAAUCGUCCGAGCUUUGACGGGCCGGCGUUCAGCGCGUUGGACACUCUCUUCUCCAUGGGUGAAGCGUACUUAUUUUCGCAGCUCGUCGAAGCGAAGGAUUUGGGAAAGUUUAGCGACUUUUUCGAUGGCAAGUCGUACAUGCAAAUGUACGACGAGAUUCGCGCCGCCGUGGAUCUGUGUCACAGAGACGGAAGUCUCAAACAGGCGGUGGCGGAGAAUCCGGAAAGGUACAUUGCCAAGGACGAUGGUCUGGUGCCUCUGUUGAAGGGUCUGCGGGCGAGCGGUAAGCAAGUGUUUCUACUGACAAAUUCUCUGUGGGAUUACAGUAACGUGGUGAUGAAUUACAUCAUCGACGGACACGUCGGCGACGCGAAGACGCUCGAUUGGCUAAAUUUGUUCGACGUCGUCAUCACUGGAAGCUCCAAACCCGGGUUCUUCGCCAACGACUCCUCAACAAUAUUCGAAGUGGACACUAAAACGGGGCACUUGCGUAAUACGGAUAACGGAGCGCCACUGACGCCGAUUGGAAGCGUACAAGACGUCACGCACAAACGAGCGCUCGCGCGAGGAUUGAGCGUCGUAGGCGCCGGGCCGGCGAGGGUUUACCAGGGUGGAUCCUACACCCAUCUGCACGCAAUGUUGGGUAUAGAAUUUGGAUCAAGAUUACUGUACGUCGGGGAUCACAUCUACGGCGAUAUUUUGCGCGCAAAGAAGCAAAUCGAUUGGCGCACGAUGCUCAUCGUUCCCGAGCUCGCGCACGAGAUUGAGAUUUUGGAGGCAAAUAAAGAGAAGCCUCACGCGCUGAGACGUCUGCGGACGCUUCGAGACGCGCUCGACGAUCAAGUUGCGCGGCAUUCCUGGCUUGCAGAGCAAACCGAUGAUUCAGCGAAGAAUAAGGCGGAGCUGCAGCGCGCGCAGCAGUUAUCGGACGCAGCGCGCACCGCACAUCGCGAGGGUAUGCGAGCGUAUCAUCGCGAAUUUCAUUACGUUUGGGGUCAACUCAUGAAAGCUGGUUCCCAGAACUCUCGAUUUGCGUUCCAGGUGGAGCGAUAUGCGUGUCUGUACACGUCUCACGUGCGAAAUUUGUGGGGCUACUCUCCUCAGAAAGUGUUUCGGGCGGCGAGUGAUUACGCGCCGCACGACUUGGACACCGAUGAGGAUUUUCACGAUUUUGACGCGGCGGCGUUGACAGAUCCCGCAUCUACGAUCGAGUAG